AAUACUUCAAUUCUCACCACAAAAAGUAACUGACAUGGACAAAAAAUUUCUGACACAUGAAAUAACAUCUAUUAAUAAAACGCGAAAAGAUUAUUCAAAAACUUCGAAUGCCCCACAUUUUAAAUCCUCGUUUGAAAAUGUUCUAGCUAGCCUUCAGGAAAAUGAGGAUCUGGAAAACAGCACAAAUAUCAAGGUGCGACGUCAACAGAAAUGGUCUCGCCCUAAAUUGCCUGAUAUAAAUCCUGUUCAGGACCAUAUAAUAUUUCAACAAAUUGAAGUUGAUGAAUACAAUGAUUUGAGUAUGAGGAGACCGAUUGUCCGCUUAUACGGAGUUACUGAGCGAGGAAAUAGUGUUCUCUGUCAUGUAUCAGGCUUUUUGCCAUAUUUUUAUAUUCCAGCACCUGUUGGUUUUAAAGACAAUGAUGUGUCACAUUUUCAGAGAAGUCUCGAGCAAAUUCUCAGUGCUGGAAAUAAAGUAUUCAGGAUUGAAAUAAUGAUGAAAGAGAGUAUAUGGGGAUAUCAUGGCAAUCAGAAAAACCCUUUUCUUAAACUUACCUUUAACGACUCUAGAGCAUUGUCACAAGCAAAAAAUAUCCUUUGUUUAUAUUUAAUUAUAACUGGUGCAAAUUGGAUUGAAUUACCUGCAAAAAGUUAUAUAAUUUUGGCCGAAACUCGGAAAACCUCUAAUUGUCAACUUGAAGUAGAGAUCAGACAUGAAAACCUCAUAAGUCAUGCACCCGAUAGUGAAUGGUCAAAAAUUGCACCGCUUCGAAUUCUUAGUUUUGACAUUGAAUGUGCUGGUAGGAAAGGUUCAUUUCCCGAAGCUAGUAUUGACCCGGUCAUACAAAUCGCCAAUACUGUCACUAUUCAAGGCGAGAAUAAGCCUUUUAUUCGUAAUGUUUUCACUUUAGACACUUGUGCUCCUAUUGUCGCUACCGAUAUAAUUGAAAAUGUUAAUGAAGUUGAUCCGGAUGUAAUAAUCGGUUAUAAUAUUGCAAAUUUCGAUUUGCCAUAUUUACUUGAUCGUGCUCAUCACCUUAAAGAAUUAAGUUUUCCGUUUCUCGGGCGGAUUUCCA